GUCCAUUUGGACAUAUCGGAAUGGCACGCUUUGAUGAGCAACUUGCUGUAUCUAUUCUAUCCAUAUCUAUGAGUCACAUGAUUUCCUGUUUAGCUGUCAUACGUCAAUGAGAUGACAUACAGCAAGUUUUAUUAUCUGUAUGUGAUUAAUGGAACAACGAUAGAAAGUUUUUAGCACUUUGUUUUUAGAUUAUUUUAUGUUUAUUUGGAUUUAAGUGUUUUUACGAUCGAUUUAACACAAUUUCGAACACCAGCCAAGCCAUUUACAGUGUGGUAUAUAUUUAUUUCUGUAAUAUUUCCAGCCACACGUUUAGUUGAAAAGUGUAGUUCUCAUCUUGAGAAGUUAUCUCUUAAGUAUUUCAUUGAAUUUUUGAAUAUUAGGGAGUACUGUCGGACGUUUGUUAUAGACGAAGUUAAUUGAGCGUAGUGUAGAGCAGUGUGCGAGCGAGCGUGCCCAAGGACAGCUCCGAGUGUAGACCUCGGUCGCAGCCUCCAGCGCUCCGCCCAGCGCCUCCAGAGGCCUGCCUGCUCUCCGCUUGCGUCGAGCCAGCGGCGGGGCGGCGGCCGGUGAUGCCGCGAUGGCGUCGCGGCGCGUGACGCGCAAGUGGGAGGUGUUCGCGGGCCGCAACCGCUUCUGGUGCGACGGGCGCCUCAUGACGGCGCCGCACCCCGGCGUGUUCGCGCUCACGCUGGCGCUCAUCUGCGGCACGUGCGCGCUGCACUUCGCCUUCGACUGCCCCUUCCUGGCGGCGCGCGUGUCGCCCGCCGUGCCGGCCGUGGGCGCCGCGCUGUGCGCCUUCACGCUGGCCGCGCUGCUGCGCACGGCGCUGUCCGACCCCGGCAUCAUCCCGCGCGCCGCGCCGGCCGAGGCCGCGGCGCUCGAGGCGGGCNCGCCGCCGCGCGCGCGCGAGGUGCUGGUGCGCGGCCGGCCCGUCAAGCUCAAGUACUGCUUCACGUGCAAGAUGUUCCGCCCGCCGCGCGCCUCGCACUGCUCGCUGUGCGACAACUGCGUGGACCGCUUCGACCACCACUGCCCGUGGGUGGGCAACUGCGUGGGCAAGCGCAACUACCGCUACUUCUACACGUUCGUGGUGUCGCUGUCGUUCCUGGCGGUGUUCGUGUUCGCGUGCGCCGUGACGCACCUGGCGCUGGCGGCGCGCGGCGCGGGGCUGGGCGCGGCGCUGCGCGCGUCGCCCGCCUCGGCCGUCGUGGCCGCCGUCUGCUUCCUGUCCGUGUGGUCCGUGCUCGGGCUGGCCGGCUUCCACACCUACCUGGCCUCCACCGACCAGACCACCAACGAGGACAUCAAGGGCUCGUUCUCGACGCGGCGCGGCGUGUCCAACCCCAACCCGUACUCGCGCGGCAACGCCUGCGCCAACUGCUGGCACGUGCUGUGCGGCCCGCUGGCGCCCAGCCUCAUCGAUCGUCGCGGCGUGUUCACGAUCGACGUGAAGGACGAGCUGCCCGCGCACUUCGCGCGCGCCCUGCACGCGCCCGCCGCCCUGCCCGCCGCGCCGCCCGCCGCGCCGCCCGCGCCGACGGCCGGCGGCCCCGCGAGCCCGUUCGAGGCGGGCGAGCCGGCGCCGGCGCGCCACGCCUACCUCAACCGCAGCCUGGAGCCCGAGCCGGCGCCGGGCCCGGCCGGCCUGAGCGCGUCGCGGUUGCGGCUGCUGCACGACACCACCAUGAUCGACGCGGCGCUGGACCUGGACGAGCCCGACCCGCCGCCGCACCUGCCGCCGCUGCCGCCGCCCGCGCCGCGCGCGCGAGCCCUCGCCGCGCUCUGACC